AUGGGUCUCUCGUACAACGUCUAUCUUACCUCCAACAAGAUUUUCGGCUGCAAGCAGUGCAAGACGCACCUUGCUGACUAUAAUGAUAUCAUCAGUCGGAACUUCCGCGGCCAGCACGGCAAAGCGUACCUCUUCAAUACCGUCGUGAAUAUCACCCAAUCAGAAGCCGUCGAGCGCAGCAUGACAACCGGCCGCCAUAUUGUCCGUGACAUUACCUGCCGACAGUGCAAGGAAACCGUGGGCUGGAAGUACGACAAGGCGUAUGAGAGCAGCGAAAAAUACAAGGAGGGGAAGUUCAUCCUGGAGGAGGAACUACUCUGCAUCGUGUGCUAA